AAGGCGGAAUAGUGGUGAGGCGGAGUACUUCGCUCGUUCAGCCGGCUGACGGGGCGGCUUCUGGCCUCCUAGGCCCAGCCGCCUCCGAUCUGCGGGCCAUGGCGUCAGAGGGGCCUCGGCAGCCAUCGGGCGAGGGCAUCAAGUUGUCAGCAGAUGUCAAACCGUUUAUCCCCAAAUUUGCUGGGCUCAGGGUGGCAUGGUUAGAGUCGUCAGAAGCACACGUGUUCCCUAGCUGUGCAGCCACGUACUAUCCUUGUGUUCAGAAACUACCAUUGCCUGAGCAGAAACUCUAUCCUGAAGAUAUGGCCUUUGGAGCUUCAACGUUUCCACAUCACUAUUUAUCAUCUGAGGUGGCUCUUCAUCCAUACACCUAUUCUCCUUACAACCCGGAGUCUACACAGAAUGUUAGCCCAGUGCCUAGCUCCCAGUAUGAUUACAAUCAACCCGGUCAUUACCAAGGCUUUCAGAGGGUGAAGCCGCGGUAUGAGCACAUGACCACUCUCCCACAAGACACAAAAGCCCUGUUUAAGAAAAAAAUGUGUGACGAACAAAAGUUUGACAAUAAGAAGGCUGAUGGAACUAUAUUAUCUGAUACAAAAUCAGUAAAAGGCUCACAUCAUAUGUCCAUUUGUGCUGACACUAAUUUGAAAUCAGAUGGUUAUUUUAAACGAACAGACAGGAAAUCCAGAAUCAUUGAAAAAUGUGGACCAUCCUCCAAACCUGAGUUUGAAUUUACCAGGUUGGAUUUUCCUAAACUGCAGGGUGCAGAGAACAAUGAGAUAUUAGAGACACCAAAACAGCCCAAGUGGGGACCUUCACACUCUGCCUCUACGGACACUUCUCUUGUGAGAGAAGUGGUGAAACCCGCUCCAGUGUUGAGUACAGAGGGUGAAAUGGUGGUGAAAAAUAAUAAUUUGACUGACUCUGUAACUGAUAAUGCUGAUACCAAUCCCUCUUCGUGUACAAGAGAGUUAUCCUGGACGCCAAUGGGUUAUGUUGUCCGUCAGACGUUAUCAACAGAACCGUCACCAGCCCCUAGAAAUGUUACUUCUGUGAUAAACCUAAAGACAGUUGUUUCAUCAGCAGAUCCUAAAAAUGGUAGCAUUUCAUCUUCACAAGUUUUAUCUUUGGAUUCUUCCUACAACAGAGAGAAAUACACUGGCCAUUCAACUAAGAAGUCCAAAGCAACACAAGGUGGUGAUCCUGAGCAAAAUGAAGCCUCAAGAAAGAAUAAGAAAAAGAAAGAAAAGUCUAAAUCAAAAUAUGAAGUCCUGACAGUUCAAGAGCCACCAAGGAUUGAAGAUGCUGAGGAGUUUCCCAAUCUGGCAGUUGCAUCUGAAAGAAGAGACAGAGUAGAGGCACCGAAAUUUCAAUCUAAACAGCAGCCACAGAAUAAUUUUAAAAGUGGUGGAAAGAAGAGCCAAAUUCCAGUGCAGUUGGACUUGGGGGGGAUGCUGACAGCACUGGAAAAGAAGCAGCACUCCCAGAGUCCAAAGCAGGCCUCCAAAGCAGUGGUGUUUUCAGUGGGGGCAGUUCCCGUUCUCUCUAAAGAGGCCACAUCAGGGAAGAAGGGCCAUCGCUUUAGCCAGAUGAAUACCCCACACAACCCCUUGGACUCCAGUGCUCCUCUGAUGAAGAAGGGGAAGCAGAGGGAGGUCCCCAAGGCCAAGAAGCCUACCUCAUUGAAGAAGAUUAUUUUGAAAGAACGGGAGGAGAGAAAGCAGCAGCGUCUCCAAGAAAAUGCUGUGAGCCCAGCAGUUGACGAUAUGCAAGAUGUAGAGAAUGGCGGUGAUGACCUGGCUCUCGAACAGGGUCCAGGGAAAACAGAAGUGUCAUUGUGCUCCACUCCUGCGGUAGAGAGCAGCUCAGAAGAGCCACUGGAAACUGAGAUCGAUAAGGAGGCAGCAACCUGCUACUUGGUCCCUGAAGGUGCCAGCUGCCCCAAGAUCCACAGCCGAAGAUUCAGGGAUUAUUGCAGCCAGGUGCUCAGUAAAGAGGUGGAUGCCUGUGUUACGGAUCUGCUCAAAGAGCUGGUCCGUUUCCAAGACCGUAUGUACCAGAAAGAUCCCGUCAAAGCCAAGACCAAACGCCGGCUUGUGCUGGGGCUGAGGGAGGUGCUCAAACAUCUGAAGCUCAGAAAGCUGAAGUGCGUCAUCAUCUCUCCCAACUGUGAGAAAAUACAGUCGAAAGGUGGGUUGGAUGACACCCUGCACACCAUUAUCAAUUAUGCCUGUGAACAGAACAUUCCCUUCGUGUUUGCCCUCAACCGCAAAGCUCUGGGGCGCAGUUUGAACAAAGCUGUUCCUGUCAGCAUUGUGGGGAUCUUCAGUUAUGAUGGGGCCCAGGAGAGCCCUGUCUUCUGUGGUCAGGGGACAUUACCUGUGCACUCACUUCUGUCCAAGGACCAGUUCCACAAGAUGGUUGAGCUGACGAUGGCUGCGCGGGAGGCAUAUAAGACCAUGCUGGAAAAUGUGCACAGGGAGCUGGCAGAAGAGCCUGGGUCGCAGGCCCCAGCCAGCCUACCUGCGCAGGACACCAGCUGCUCAGCAGAAGACAGUCCCCUGGCUUCUCCCAAGACAGAAGAACCAUACUACAUUGAAGUCUGGAGAAAACAUCUGGAAGCAUACAGUCAGUGUGCCCUGGAGCUAGAAGAAUCACUGGAGUCUUCAACCUCUCAGAUGAUGAACCUGAAUUUAUAAGAAGAGUUUUUUGGUGUUUGUGUAUUUGGGACGGAGUGAAGUUUUCUGCAAGUGGGGAACUUGGAAAUACUAAGUAAUGUUGAUAAAGAAGAGGAAGCUGUUACCAUAGAGAUGAAUGAGCCAGUUCAGCUAAUGUUGCACUGAGGUAUCUGACCUUCUGUACAAAAGCUACUCUACUCUCUCCCACAGUAACGCUCAGUAUCUCUGCAGAUAUAACCGUUGUUGUAGAGUAUAAAAUUGUUCAUAUGGGGCAUUUUAAGUACCAUCUACCUCCAAAGAUCAAGGAUGAAAAAACUUAGGCAUUUUUAAAAUCCAAGAAAAUAAAAUUAAGCUCCUUGAGAACUGCUUCUGAGAUUCCAAUAUGUCCUGACAAGUCUCUUCUGUUACCAAAUUUAUACUCUGAGUAACUGUAGAUGCUUUCUGUCAGUAACCUCUUUUUUCACCCCAUUCCCUACAAUUUAAAGGAUAGAGUCUCAAGUCAAAUUUGGUCCUAUUAACCUAGAACCACUUCUACCUUAACUAGAAGUACCCUUUAGGAUUUUUAAACAAAGGGUAUUGACUGUCAAUGCAGUUUUAAGAAUUAUGUUUUCAACUUUAAAAUUAUUUGAAUUUCAAACAUCACGGACAGUCCCUUUAUUUGAACCAUGACUGUUGCAAGUAGCCUAGAGAAUUCACAGCAAAUGCUACCUUUUUGUGUAAAUGUAUUUUAUUUUUUCAGUCUAGAGCAGCCAGAUAUAAAUACAGCAGAUGUAGCCAUAAAAAGUACUCCAGAUACAGUAGGUAACUAGAUAUUUUGGGGGAUUCAUUUGCCAAACUUAUUUUUUAAUUAUUCUAACUUGAGCUAAAGAAAUGAAGAGGGGAAAAUAGAACUGGUUCUAGAUAUUUUCAUUAUUUUGUCAUUUCUGUUAGCAGAAACUAACACUUUUUCAGAAGCACAAUGUACUCAAAGUUGUGUGGACUUGAUAAAACUAGCACUGUGACAGGACAGUGUUUCUCUAGCCCAGGGAACCUUUUAUAAGAAUCAUAGAAGUUUUACUAGAUCUGUGAUAGGGCUCAAGGACUAUGUUGGUGCAAAAAAUACAUAUGUAUACAUAUAUAUUUUUUUUCUCCAGUAUAAAUAGCCUUAUUUGGGACUUACUUAAAGGAUGAAGAUGGCGUAAAUCCCAUGGAUAUGGGAUUCAACCAAGAGAGUGAAAAGGCCCAGCAACUGUAAAACAAGGUCUGUUUAAAUGUUCUCAGUAAUUGUGCUACAAGGUCACAAAUUGGUGUCCUGCAUACUGAGAACUGCUGUAUUACAGUCCUUUUUCCUGUUGUAUUUUGUGUUUGGUGGAUUAGAUGGCUGGUUUCUUUGUUGUUCCUGGACUGAGUUCUAGUUAUUGGACUGUAGAACUCACUUUAUCCAUUGGGUAACUAUUACCUUCAGUGUGCCAGGGAGGAAGGAGACUGGCAGCAAAGGGGUGGUGAAAAUAUUUCAUCUAGACGGCUGAUGGUUCCAGGACUAUGCAUUUGUUAGAAUUCAUCCAAUUAUACUUUAUUGUAUAUAAAUUAUAAAUUAUACCUUAAUAAAUCUGACACUUUAAAAAAA